AUGUCGGCAGAAUUUGAGGAUGUCCUCACAAAUCAACCUGUCGUGAUAGACAAUGGCUCCGGAACCAUCAAAGCAGGUUUUGCGGGUCAAGAUCAUCCAAAAUGUUUUUUCCCGUCAUUCGUUGGGAGACCAAAGCAUGUGCGUGUCAUGGCUGGCGCUCUUGAAGGCGACGUCUUCAUCGGUCGUCGCGCACAAGAAUUCCGCGGUCUUCUCAAGAUUAAAUACCCUAUGGAACAUGGCAUUGUAACCGAUUGGGAUGACAUGGAACGGAUAUGGAGUUGGAUAUAUGCUGAAGAGCUUGGGACCCUCAGUGAAGAGCACCCAGUUCUCUUGACCGAAGCGCCGCUCAAUCCAAGGAGUAAUCGUGAUGUAGCCGCUCAGAUAUUCUUCGACACAUUCAAUGUUCCAGCUCUCUUCCUGUCCGUGCAGGCCGUUCUUUCGCUAUAUUCUUCAGGGCGGACAACUGGCAUAGUACUUGACUCUGGAGAUGGCGUUACACAUGCUGUUCCAGUAUUUGAGGGUUUCUCCAUGCCUCAUGCGAUUCGAAGAGUGGAUGUCGCCGGAAGGGAUGUAACUGACCAUCUACAACUGCUGCUAAGAAAAUCUGGCCAUCAUCUGCACACAACUGCGGAAAGAGAAGUGGUUCGGAUAAUCAAGGAAAAGUGCUGUUAUAUCGCGUUAAGUCCUUCCAAAGAGGAAAAGGAUACCGUGGGUCGGACUGAAGAGUUCCGUCUCCCGGAUGGAAACGUAGUUCAGUUGGGACCUGAGCGGUUCCGUGCUCCCGAAAUCUUGUUUAAUCCAGAGCUUAUUGGACAGGAAUACGCUGGUGUUCAUCAGGUUGUCGUUGAUUCAAUCAAUCGAGUUGAUUUGGAUCUGCGGAAGAGUCUCUUUUCGAACAUCGUUCUCAGUGGAGGCAGCACGUUAUGCAAAGGUUUUGGCGAUCGUCUUCUCAACGAAAUCAAGAAGUUGGCUUUGAAAGAUGUCAAAAUCAAGAUUUACGCCCCUCCGGAACGUAAAUAUUCAACGUGGAUAGGUGGUUCUAUUCUUGCAGGUCUUGGGACUUUCAAAAAGAUGUGGGUAUCAGCAGAAGAGUAUCAAGAAGAUCCGGAUAUCAUCCACAAGAAGCUUGGCUUCUAA